AUGAGUUCUCAGUUCUCCGCCUUUGGUAUAACUACUCGUACACCCAAUUCUAAUACUUCUGGUCAGAACACAGAAAAUAAUAAUCAUCACAAUAAUAUAGGUUUACAUAAUCAUAUAAUGAAUCCAUUUAGAUCAAACAAUUCUACUACUACUCCUACUACUACUACCACUACCACCACCACCACUACUACUAUGAAUAAUAAUAAUAGUAACAACAACAACAAUAGCAAUAGUAAUAGCAACAGCAACAGCAAUAAUUUUAAUAUUAAUAAUAAUGUUCGAUUACCUAUUUCUUUAUCUUUAAAUAAUAAUAAUAAUAAUAAUAAUAACAUGCAUCAAUCUUCACAAAAUAAUUUGAUAGAAUCAUUGGGUCCCUUUUAUCAUAGUAAUAAUAACAGUAACAGUAACAGUAACAAUCUAAAUAAUAAUAAUUUAUCCACUGCUAAUAAUACUAUAUUGAAAAAUCUACGUCACUACAUUUAUGGUGCAGAUAACAACAACAAUUCUUUAUCCUCAUCAACAACGUCUUCAACUUCUUCUCCCUCUAAUAAUAAUAACAAUACUUUAAACCUAGACAAUAACCUAUCGUUGGAUUUACCUGAUAGUGUACAUUUACCAUCUCCUUUACCUCGGGAAGAAUUGAAUAAAAGAAAAAACAAAUAUGGUCUUUUCAGCAUCAGAUUGACUCCAUACAUAGAUAAUACCCAUAAUCAUAACAACAGCAACAACAACCUUAAUGAUAACAACCCAUCCAUGAAUAGCGGCAACGGCCUGUUCUUUGAACCAAUCAUUAGAACCGCCGGGCCGGGUUCACAAUUAGUUAUUGGCCGCUACACAGAAAGAGUGCGGAAGGCCAUCUCUAAAUUACCAGAGCAAUACCACCCCGUCGUUUUCAAAUCUAAAGUCAUCUCUCGCGCGCAUGGGUGUUUUAAAGUAGAUUCACAGGGUAACUGGUUUAUAAAAGAUGUCAAAUCCUCCAGUGGAACCUUCUUGAACCAUCAAAGAUUAUCCCCUGCAUCAACUUUAUCAAAGGACUAUCUUUUACAUGAUGGUGAUAUCUUGCAACUAGGUAUGGAUUUCCGUGGUGGGAUAGAGGAGAUUUAUAAGUGUGUCAAAAUGAAAGUGGAACUAAACAGAUCUUGGAAACGUAAAGCCAAUAAAUUCGAUAAAGAGGCUUUGCAACGAAUAAGAAAUUUACAAAAGUUGAUUAACGAUGGUGUGGAAGAGGAAGACUGCUCUAUUUGCCUUUCCAAGAUUAAACCUUGCCAGGCCAUCUUUAUCUCUCCAUGUUCACACAGUUGGCACUUCCAUUGUAUUAGGAGAUUGAUUAUGAUCUCUUAUCCGCAAUUCGUUUGUCCUAAUUGCAGAUCCACAUGUGAUCUAGAAGCUAAUUUAAGUGAAAGCGAAGAUGAUAUGGAUGAUUACGUAGAAGGGGAAGAAGCAAAUGAAUCACAACAGCAAGAACAAAAUGAAAAUGGAAAUAAUCCCAUCACACCAAACAAUCCCAUAACUAAUAACACCGCCCUCACCACCACUAGCAAUACCACUACUACCACCACUAAUAACAAUAACAAUAACAAUAAUAAAUCAAAUACUGUUGUAGCACAACCAUUCUCCAACAAUGAAGAAAUCUCAAGUAUGUAUGAUAUUAACAUGUCAUAA